CGAGAACAUAAGAGACGUCUUCAGGAAGUGUGCUGGGUAUGGAGGUCAGGUAGCUAUGCAUGUGAAAAUGUAGGGCUACUGUACAGUAAUGUAAUUGUGGUGGAAAGCGCCACAUUGACGACCCCAAAACGAGUGGCUUGUUUCGUGCGCGACUCCGCAAAUAGCAUAUAUAAAACAGCAUGCUGUGCCUUGGGCACUUGGUAGGUAGUACUGGUCCGAUGAAGUUUUACAUUCUCAAGCAGAUCAAUUAUCUCAGACCACAUGGACCGCGACGAGCAUCUUGAAGAGGUUCAAAGGAUCCUCAAGUAUCGAUUCCGGGAUAUCACACUCCUAUCAAACGCACUCACAGCAGCCGGUGCAGACUCGGAUAAUUAUGAGGGAAAUAGAAGACUAGCACCAAUUGGCGUGGACGUAAUCGGUCUUUGUUUGGAUUUUGACGCACAUCAGAAAAAGGCCAAACCAAGGGAAACUGCCGUCCUAAAACAACAAAUUUGUUGUUACAACCAUCUAGCAUUCGUUGCUCAACGCACAUCAAUCGAUAAGCACAUUAGAUUUAAUCCCAGGUCUGGAAAAGGAAGUACAACUGUUGUCGGAAAAUCCCUUGCAGCAAUUAUAGCAACGGCAUACUUGGACUCUGGGAAUCAUUCUGAUACCUGGGGCGUUAUGAAUUAUAUAGGCUUUUUCAUCCAAAACCAAGACGGCAUAAACCCUGCAAUGUUGGAAUCAAACGCGAAUUGUGAAGCACAGUUUCCUAUUAUGGAUCCACUUGCAGCCCCAUGCAAUAUUUUAUCGAAUGUGCAUACGAGCCAAGUGAGCGUGGUGUCACUGGAAAUCGAAGCUGGAGGUGACUUCAUGGCGGUGCCCAGGAGAAGACCCGCUGAAAGCGCUCCAUGUGAGACCCAGGGCAGCAAAGCGAAGGUUAGGCGGUCUCAGCGCUUCACCAACGAUCGGCUCGAACCUUUCCUUACUCUGGUAAUUCUGAAGAAGGCCAUUCUAGGGUGGCGAACUCAGACGGGUAUUGCCUCCUGGCAACUAUCCAAAUCAGCAUCCAAAGCAGAAGCGUUUCAUAUAAUCGAGAAUAUGAAUCAAGAUAUGAUGUGCUUGUCCCUUCUCCGACGGUAUUACAUCCUCCGUCUGUUUGAGGAUUGCAGAGGGUGUGAUACGCCAUCAUUCGCAGGAUUUGUCUCAGUCCAGGGAAACGGUGUCCUUUCUCGUAAAAGGGGAAACCCCCUGAACAAUGCGGAGAAUGACCUGACGACAGCAAUGAUGAAGGAGAUAUUCCCUGCUCUACUGCCUGGAACACAAGAAUACGACGACAAGCGUGGUGCUGUAAAUUUCUAUCGCAAGCUUGGCCGGAAGUUUCAUAUGUUAACAUCAAGUUUCGGCAAAGGCAUACUUGCACUGAUGCCGCAUUAUGACCUACCUGGAGGACCAGACAUCAGCAUUUCGGACAAUCAGCUUCAUUCUCUGCGCGAGUCAACAUUUGCGCAAGUCAUUUCCAUUCUAGCACGCACCCAAGGUGAGGCUUUGCGUCAGUUCAGCGCAGCUGCCGAGAGAAUCGUGGAUGCCGUGAUGGAAUUUCCGGUAGAGCGUUGCCCGGUAUUUGAACUUGAGGAAAUUGCGGAUAGCCAAAUAUUGGAGUACCCGAAGAACUCAUCGAGCCUACUUUCCCUUCUCGGGUUGAGAAGGCAUGCUCAGAUUAUGACAGGUCCAUAUCCGCCCGCAGACGAAUCAAUUUAG